UAAAUUAAAGUUAUCCUGAUAUUUUGCACCUUAUCGCGAAAUUUUUCAUAUACGCACGCAAUUUUUGCAAAUCACGUGAGCGUGCAAUUCAUCGUAAGAAGAUAGAGCGCGAUGGAGAUUGCUGUGCCCGUACAAUGUGACUCAUCUCCCCGUCGCGGCUAAACAGGAAGGAAGGUCCAAUAAUUGGACAAACGAUCCUGUCCAAAAUGCAGUCGUCUACAGUGUUGACGCACGUCACGAGCACGAUAAUUCAUCGCCGCUCCAUGUGACUCGCAUUAACUAAUUCACUGCGAUCUAACACACUGUCAGGGGGUCAUGGAACCCAUGGGACAUCCGUGGCGUUCUGAGACUUGCAUUCCCAUGGACGUUUCAUAGCUUGCGAUUAUCAGCCUGUGCAGCCGACUUUAGUGUUUGCCGAAUGAGGCGCGCGCUGACGUAUCUCGCUAUAGUGUACAUUAUAAAUACUCUCUAUAUCUUUUAUUUGUACUUUUAUACGAUCAGAAAUGUGCUUUUUAAUUGUCUGAAGAUAAAGAUUUUAUUACUCCAAGCGAGAUCGCGUGGAAAUGGCGAAACUGAAAAUAAGUUGCGAUUCAUUUAACGAAUAACAUUCGAUUCGUAUUCAAAUCCGCGUCUCUUGCAACUGCACAACCGCAAGUAUAAUCAGAAGACGCGGUAGUGGCUUGGUGUCAAGUGUUUAUUUACUUAUAUGUCAAGCCAUGCCGAGUCUCUUAUAAAUCCAUUACAAUGCACAAUACCGCGAUGACUGAUGAACCGCUACGCGCGAAAGCGAGCCCCGUGAGGAAAUUACACGCGAGAAGUAAUAAAAAUAUGCUCGGAUAUAUUCGUAUACGAAAUUACUAGAAGCACAAGGAUGAAAGAAACGUUUCAAUUCUCGCACAAUGAUGCUCGUUCGCGAGAAUGCAAAGCGCGCGUUGAUCUCGAAGAUUAUUGAGAGGUCAGGUCGUUCUAGGAAGGAAUUUAUCUCGGGUUUACACUGACAAUGAAUCAACUUUUCAGGAAUCUUCGCGAUUAAUUAUCACGAUUGUCAGGCGUUGUCGCUCGAUACUCGUUAUCAGCGAUCGCAAUCGGCAAAUGCGCCUUACACGCUCGAACUCCGCUCGAUUUCUUCGCGAAUCGCCUCACGGCGAUCUGCAGCUCUGCUUACAAUUAGACGCAAUUGGUGCAAUUUCGCGAAUCUCUCGCGCUGUGUGCGAAUUAAUUCAUUAACACGAUCAUAGAUAUGUAAAACUCGGCGAAAUAGAAUUUUCGCGUAAUCGGAGAACUAGAUUGAACUAGAGACAUCUUUUGACGUCUUUCGACUUAAUGACGUACAAAAAUGCCUAAUUGCUGGAUCGACUUUCAUGCGCCGUCAAAGAUAUAUCAUGUAUAUAUGAGCCCGCUUUUAUAAGUUUUAUCUCGUGUGCUUCUUACUUUUGGAUAUGUAGAACAUUUAGAAGAAAUAUUCGCGCCGUCCGUCGAGAUUAUUUAAGUGGAUUGGUUACGUCUGAAAACGCAGGUAAUGUUAACAAUAUCAAUCAAGUCGCUUAAAUUUUUUUUCUCUUACGCUACUUCUGGCAAUUGCAUGGCAAUUUUCAAAUUCCGUGACAUGCUUAAAAAUUAAUAAGCGCGAUGAAACAUUUUGUGAGUAUCAUUAAGCCGUGACGAGAGCGAGGCGUAUCGGAAGUUACAUUAUCACACGGCGUUAAUUUGCUGGCGCAAAUUUGCGAACUCGGCGGGGCUUUUGAGCGCACUACGCGCGCACGGCAUUAUCUCUUUGCGUCGCGGUGUCCGAUGUAGAAAUAAGACGACGAAUCAAACAAACGACUUUUACAACCUGCGAUCGGUCAACAAUUAGAAGAUCUUGCUCGCGCGCAAGAGCGGCCGGAUCGCCGCUCUUGUUUAAUAUCUGCACCUCGCUUUCGGAAAUCACUUGACAUUCGGCCACCGUGCGAGGAGGUACGUAACGAUAUCUCGUCUUUAAUAUCGUGUGACUUUACGUUUUUUUUUUUGGACGGUACAAAUCAACUUAAUUUUCGGCUGCCAAACAAUAAAAUUUGUGCUCGUUUCUUUACGGGUCGACUACGAGCUGCGUUCAGUUAUUUUCAUUGAUACACUGUAAAUAUUGUUGGUACUGACGUCCAAAUACAUGUAUAACGAUUAUCAGGGAAGACAUUUAUUAUCAGAGAAUUAGACAUUUAUCAUUAAAAAAUAACACCGGGAUAUCGGAGGUGUCAUCGAUCGGAGCUGACGGCCGGCGCUGGUUAAGACGACCAUCCAUCAAAUUACGUGGUAAUUUUGGCCAAUGAUAACUCAUGACUUUGAAGGCAGCUUCCUACGAGCCCCCGUCGAGGGAAGUAGCCAAUUGCCGUGUACGGCUUUCGUACAGUCGCUACUAGAAAUGCCGUCAAUAAGAUUCCUCUCGUGGUAAUAAUUUUGAUAGGAUCAGUUGCACUUGUAGCGCAUAAUACACGAUUUUUAUAUAUUUCUGUUAUUAAAAAUUGAGUAAAAAAAUUUUCUCACUCUCGUGUAUGUUAGAUAAUUGGACGCAAAUUAAUUUUUUAAUCCUCUCUUUCUCUCUACAACGUGAAUCAAAUAUAACUGACUAAAGAAUUAACAAUUAUCUUUUAAAUAGUAAUUUUCAUAAAUGGUCGCCUUAAUUAACGCAAAGAAAAAAAAUAAACGUGGGAUAACAUGUAUGCGUAAAUACGUUCGCUCUCAUCAGCAAAAUAGUUUACCACUUUACUCCUGAAUUGAAUUAAUAUGCUCGAAUUGAAUUAAAAUGUCGAGUUUGAUAUGGGGGGUGGCGAUUUCUUCCAGCACUGCCCGCGACGUACGCGAGGUGUCCGUUGACAAUGGGCAAUUUGACCGGCUGUGGGGGGGAAAAUCGCGCGUGUAUGUACGUGUGUGCGACGUCGACGGCUGUCAGUGCGGCCUAAUGAGUCCGUAAAUUGGACCAGGCUAUAGGGCCUUCUAUCUGAGAAUUGCACGGUCGGCUCUCUCGUCUCGCUGUCAGUGUGACUCACUGGCUUCGUGUGCGACGAGUUCUCGCUCGCGAAUUCCCGAACUUUCAACGUUUCCUCCCUGCCGAUUUGUCGCGUUUGUCCCAGCGUAUGUCCGGUGUCAGUGUCACGGUGCCCGUCGAUUUCCCCGCUCUCCCCCCGUCCAAGGAGAAACUCUAAGGCUUCGCUCUAGGUUUCGGUUUUGCCGCGACUAUUCCACGAGGAAAAUAAAGAAAUACGGUGGAACGAAUAUCCGAUGUAUCGCGAAGAGAUCGAUUCGUCGCAAAAACGCUCUUGGAUACAGCGAAGCGAGACGAUCGGCUGUCAAUUGAUUUUCCGUUCUCUCCGGGGAACAUGGAAUUACAUAUUUAACAUGCAAAAAAGGAGGAGGAGUUUGUAAAGCGUUGAUGCAUCACGAAAAAAUAUCGAACGACUGCACACGCGCGGGUGCGUAAUCUGUGAAAUCGACGACGACCGAAGCGGAGAGCGCAAAAAUGGCGAUCCAAACCGCGAAGAAGGAACUUCUGGAGGAGACUCUACACCAUCAUCCGGAAGGUAGCGAGGAGGAAGUGGAUAAGGAAUGGGAGGAAUUCACGAGACUAAUGGCGAAAUUAAAGGAAAAUCGCCGGAAUCGACCACACAGACCGUCGCAAGCGUUCUACCCGUGUCCUCCGCCAAAUGCGGACGAAGAACAGCAGGAAUUCGAUCCUUUCGACUAUAUUAACACGAUUAUGUAUGGUCGCUACACGAAGGACCUGGGUGAGUACGCGAAGGAAGAGGCACGCAAGCUCAAGUAUCACGAGAAAGCGAGACGAAAAUAUGAUAAGACGAGGGUCGAGGAUCUGCGGAAGUCCAGGCGGGGUCCUCUGUGCCGGAAGUUGUUGGCCCUGCUGGCCUUCGCCUGGAAGCACACCGGCGCCCGGCUAGGCGAGGAUUGGAUCUUCCUUGCUCUCCUCGGUAUUAUUAUGGCGUUCAUCAGUUACGCCAUGGAUCGUGGCAUUUCUAUGUGCAAUAACGCCAGGAUAUGGCUCUAUCAGGAUCUUACUACGCAUCCGGCCUUCAAGUACCUGGCCUGGGUAUCCAUGCCGGUGUGUCUCAUUCUCUUUAGCGCCGGCUUCGUGCAUAUCAUUGCACCGCAAAGUAUAGGCUCGGGUAUUCCGGAAAUGAAGACCAUCUUACGCGGCGUCGCGUUGAAGGAGUACCUGACCUUCCGUACUUUGAUUGCCAAGGUGAUCGGCUUAACGGCGACCUUGGGCUCGGGGCUGCCGCUCGGCAAGGAAGGUCCGUUUGUGCACAUCGCCAGUAUCGUCGCGACGCUCCUCUCCAAACUGGUCACGAGCUUCCAGGGUAUCUACGAAAACGAGAGCAGAAACUGCGAGAUGCUGGCCGCCGCCUGCGCGGUGGGUGUCGCCUCUUGCUUUGCGGCUCCGAUCGGCGGCGUCCUCUUCAGCAUCGAGGUCACCACGGUGUACUUUGCGGUCAGGAAUUAUUGGCGCGGCUUCUUCGCCGCGGUCUGCGGCGCCACAAUGUUCCGUCUGCUGGCGAUUUGGUUCCAGCGCGAGGAGACCAUCACGGCGAUGUUCGCCACCAGCUUCACUAUGGAGUUCCCCUUCGAUCCGCAGGAGCUCCUCGUCUUCGCCCUGAUCGGCGUCGGCAGCGGAGUGCUGGGAGCCUUCUACGUCUGGCUGCACCGGCAAUAUGUCAUCUUCAUGCGGAAGAACAAGAGCAUGAACAGCUUCUUGCAGAAAAAUCGUUUUCUAUACCCCGGCAUCGUGUCCCUGAUGGUCUCAUCUGUGUCGUUCCCCCUCGGACUCGGCCAAUUCAUGGCUGGCGAUCUGAACACGCACGAUCAGGUUUUCGGACUCUUCACCAACUUCACUUGGACGAAGGAGAAUCUCAGCGUCGAGGAGAUGAAUAUCGUGAAGCACUGGUCGACGUCGUACACCGACGUCUUCAGCGGGCUCCUUAGUUUCGUUUUAGUCACCUUCAUCUUUUCGAUUAUAAGUUCGACGGUGCCGGUGCCAUCUGGAAUUUUUAUCCCCGUAUUCAAGAUCGGUGCUGCGCUAGGCAGAGCAGUCGGUGAAGCUAUGGCUCUCUGGUUUCCCACUGGUGUGCGUUACGGAGGAAUAAUUACACCUAUUAUACCAGGCGGAUAUGCCACGGUGGGCGCGGCCGCGUUCUCCGGCGCGGUGACGCACACGAUAUCUGUCAGUGUCAUCAUCUUCGAGAUGACCGGCCAGAUCACACAUAUCGUGCCCAUUAUGAUAGCGGUGCUGAUCAGCAAUGCCAUCGCCGCGCUUCUGCAGCCGAGUAUAUAUGACAGCAUCAUCCUCAUCAAGAAACUGCCUUACUUGCCCGAUCUACUUCCAUCCAGUUCAGGAAUGUACAAUGUUUACGUGGAGGAUUUCAUGGUCCGCGACGUAAAGUACAUAUGGCACGGCAUCAGCUAUCAGAAGCUGAAAGAUAUAUUAAAGGAGAAUCGUAAGCUUCGUGGAUUUCCGCUGGUGGAUAAUCCGGACUCUAUGAUUCUGCUUGGAUCGAUUCAGAGAUUAGCGCUAAUCAAGCUCAUCGAGAAGCACAUCGGUCGCGAGAGAAGAUUGCAGGUUGCGCAGAAAUGGCAUAAGGAGGCGGAGGAGAGGGCGCGCGAGGAAAUAGAACGGCAACUGCGAGAGCAGGAGAGGGCGAGGAGGCCUUCGAGAUUCGAGGUCAUCCCGGCACCGGACAUUCUCAAGAUGCAGCGGCAGAGUGUUAACGAUCUAACGAUGUCGCCAAACAACGGCAGCGGUCCUGAUCAUCAUACGUACCAUUCGCCGGUGUUUGGAUCGCAACCGAAGAAGUCUAUCUUGAAGAAGACUAAUUCUUUCACACUUAAGGGAUUCAGCCCGUUGGUCAGCCCGGCGGUAACGCCCUAUACAACAGUUACGGGCGCGGAAAGCAGGAUUCGCUUGGCGUUCGAAGCGAUCUUCCGCAAGUCUGCCACGUUACAGGACGUGGAUCCCGAUCCGGAGCUUGGUGCCAGAGGGAGUCAGGACGCCAUCAACGCGCAGUCCCAUACGCCCAUGCUGGCCCCAAGUCCGGCGACAUCGAAGAAAGUGCAAUUGCCUCGGGAGAGAGUGAUAGACAUGUCGGCCGAGGACCAGAAACGGUGGGAGGAGAGCGAGAUGGCACUCGAGGUGGACUUCUCGAGGUGCCACAUCGACCCGGCUCCUUUUCAGCUGGUCGAAAGAACGUCCUUGCUGAAGGUGCACAGCAUCUUCAGCAUGGUCGGCGUGAAUCAUGCUUACGUAACGGCCAUCGGCAGAUUGGUCGGAGUCGUUGCGCUGAAGGAGCUGAGGAAAGCCAUCGAGGACGCGAACGCCGGUAUCCUACCGAUGCAUCCCGAGUCGCACAUCGCCGAGUCGCUCUCGAGCUUGGCGAGAAGCGAGACGGACACGGAGAGCAACAAGAACAUCAAUGCGAUAAACUCCAUCGGCUCCGUGAACUGCGAGAAAGCGGACAAAAUCUGAGGGUUAUGCCGCGCGUCGAGACGAGCGAAAGCUUAUAUUGUGAUAGCCACGUCGCGUGACUGUUACGCGACGCGGCCCGAAUAAUGCGAGAGAGUCGUGUUUUAUCUAAUUUUUCCUAUCCUCCUUCCUUCUCUUCCCCAAUCAUUCACGCGAUUUGGGAGUGACGACGGAGCCGUUACGCGUGUGUAACGCGUAACGAUACUCUCUCAAACACUUCUCUCGUACUUAAGCCUUAAGGUGAGCGAAAUAACGAAAAUCCCGUGUAAAGACGCGAGUGCGUGAGAUAGUAUUAAGUAAGCUCCGUUCCGGAAUUUUUCCUAUUUCCAUUCUAACGUACGAUAUCGUACGAUAUUUAAGGCUGCACAUUCGGAAACAUCACCCGAAUGCCCCCAUGUAUCAUUUUAUCCUUCUUAUUCAUCGAAUAUUGAGUAAGGAUACACGGGGACACGCGGACGACGUUUCCGAACGCAGCUUAAGUGACGCGAUCGCCGAUCGCGUUCACAUUUAUGCGCGCAGACUAUUUUUACCGGAUAGAUAGAUAGAUAGAUGGAUUUACACAUCAAGAAUCAUUUCUUGAUGGAUGAUUUUUGCAGGAAAUCAUCUAAUCGAGAAAAUGUAUAGCGAAAAAUACCAUGCGAAAAAAACGUGUGUUUCCUUCGUUAUACAUUUUGUUUAGGAUAAUACGCGUGCUUACGUAUAUAGGUUUGCACGAUACGGGAACGCGCGAAUUCGGUCUGGACCGGAAUCAGACUGAAUUUCAUAUCUUGGCCGAGCUAAGAGUACGUCUGUACGAAAUACGCUGUGAAUCGCGAGUACCUAUGUUGCUACAAUCGACAAGGUAAAUUUUCUUUUUAAACGGCUAAACGGGUCUCUCGACGGAACAAAAGUGAUUUGUAGUGCCAAAAGCAGCGACGCUGCACUUCCCCGCGUGAAACGUGCAAUGAUUAAUAUAAUUCUACGUACAAGAUCAUUCAGGAUUCCUACCAUUCAGGACGCCUCGACGCUCCUCUAGCUAUAAUAGUAAGUAUCUGACCAUGGUUGUGCCAGACUAUUAUUUAUUAAUGUAAUAAUUAAUUAUAUUGUCAAGUAGACGAGAAGAUCGCCGUGUUGUAGAUUGAACUUAGCGAGGGAAUGCAAACAAUUCGCUUUCAUUCUGUAUGAUACUUAAUUUAGAAGCAGGCCGAUAAUGAUAUCUUGGAUAUUUUCUAAGAAUUCUAGCAUCCGGUUAUUUCCGUAUCAGAAUGAAGAGCAAUUCACUAUUAGAUGAAAAUAAUUAGGAUUUUAGAGGUAAUAGAUUAUAUAUAUAUACAUAUGUAUAUCGCAGUUACUAUUUCGAUAGUUUUUCAUGGUGCAAUUAAGACGAUACUGUCUGUGCCGAACUUUGUAUUAUUGUUAUCGCUGCGGUCCACAGAAUGGCUCUAACGUCAUUUUUAAUAUUCCGUCAUUCGACGCGAAAAUUUCUGACGACAUUUAAGGUACGUUUUACAUUCCACUCGACUAGAUUCUCAACUUGUUAGAUUUGUACAUACGUUUAUAUACGCCGCGUACUAACGCAUCGUAUACGACAGUGCUGUACGCCGAUUGUAAACACAUUGUGCAUCGUGAAAAGACAUUAAAUAAUUUAUUAUA